AUGGCGUACAACGCCCAGAACAACGACUUUGUGAAUCCUGCCGAUCUCUUUACCAAUUAUUCAAACAACGCCUCUGACCCGGUCUUCAAGGCCGAGUGGGACAUUUCCGAUCCGUCCUUCUUCAACACCGAAAAUGUCGAGCCUUGGACAAUGAACCCGGCCGACUUUACUACACACAGCCACCAGGACUCCGCCGUCGACCUGCGGCACUUUGGUGGCUCCGGUGCACUUCCUCCUCGCUUGAAGACAGAGGACUCGUCCGAGUACGAGAACUUCAUGACUACACCUUUCUCCACCCCGGCCUCCAAUACUUCCAACACCCCAUCACCUCACGGCGACAUGGUCUUUAGCAAUGCAAACUCGCCAGGAGACUACCAGAGAGAACAGAGCCAGACAAGUUCGCCAGAAGCGAACAACGACGUCUUCGCCAGGGACAGCAUCCAGAUCCCUCACUCUGUGGAUCCGCCCAAAGUGGCCAUCCUCGUAGACAGGACCAAGACACGUGCGGAGACGCAGAUUAAGACCGUGUUGGUCCUAGACCCUCUGCCUCGCCAGUAUCAAUGGGCCCGAUUUCCCCGCCAUACUCUCUCCAAGUCGAAGCAGCUUGCGAGCAGCGACGAAAUCGAGGCCAAUGAGAGUGGCAAUUCAGCAGUACGCAUCGACCUGAGACUUGUCUGCGCUACUGCAGUAGAGAAGGAAGAAGGCCUCCACCUCGCCCUCCGCCGUGCUCGAGGCGAAGCACACAUGCCCACGAGACAGCCUGGACAACAAGUUUCUGAAAUCGACAAAGAUGACCCCGCGCAUCCCCAGAACGGAGGUGCAGUCAUCAUCUGCGAGGGAUGCAAGGAGCGAGAGCGCAAGCGCUACGACCGCAAGAAGAAGCGUAACCAGGAAGAGGAGAAUGAGUGGAGCAACUAUGAAGACCAGCGCAUCAUCAUGAUCAACGAAAAGGAGUUCAAGCGAUGGCAAGACGCGGAGCAAGGCUCAUAUGGACCAGAGGCGAAAAAGGUCGAAUUCGCUAUGCGAAUCACAUGCUACUGCAGGCACCAGGAGGAGAAAUCACCAGUCGGCUACAAGGUCAUCUUCACGUUUCGUGACAGCAACAGCACUGUCCUUGCCCAGAGUGUCUCAGAAAUCAUCCAGAUCACUGAUGACCACAAGAACCGGGAGCUGCCCAUGGUGAGCAACAUCACGACGGACCUCAGCGUUCACCCACCCAGUCGUGAGGAGACUGUGCCUGCACAGCAGUACAGCAUGCCAAUGUACAACUAUCCUGCUGCGCCUGUCUAUGGCAUGUACUCUUCACAACCGACCACACCGAUCCUCUCGCAAUUCCAAAAUCCGAUGUCGCCAAUGGAUGGACACUAUGCCCAACCUGCCAAUUCUGGUAUGAGCUCUCAAAUGUCUCACCCGUCUACCUUUGCCUUUACUGCUGGUCCGAUCGCUCCCCAAGCGCCUGCACCUGCGCCAUCGUAUGCAAGCCAUCAACGCUACCAGAGCUACUCCAACACGCCAAUGCUCAGUCCCACUGAGCAAUUUGUGGCACCGGCAGGCUUUCCUCUUCAUCGACCACAUUCCAUGGACAGUUUCUCCGCGGCUUUCGCCAACAUGUAUACGCCUCAAAAUUCGUAUUCACAGCCCUUUGCCUCGCAGCCUCCAUCGAGAAAUGUCUCCCGACCAGCAUCUCCGUCCUGGGAUCAAGGCCCUUCUCGAGCAAAGAAGAUGCGCCCAGUCAACCCCUUCUUCAUCGAAGACCCUGACAACGAGUGA